AUGCUUGACGCUAUCACGAUUCACACAUCACCACAGCGCCCAUCCAUGCAGCCAGCCAUCACCUGCACAUUCAGAUUCAGCUAUUGGGAGUUCGAGGUUCACGAGCGUGACAAGAAGAAACAGCGCCGUGAGAGCAGGCAGCAACAGUUGAGCAGCUCGCGCCCACAACAAGUUCAACAACCGACAGCUUCAUGGUCCAAACCUAACCCGGCUCAACCACAACUAUCAGCACCUAAACCAAUUCCAGCUCCGGCUCCGGCCCCAGAAGCGCCUCCGGUUCCUUCACUACCUCUAGCACAGCCAAGGCUAUCAACCGAGUCAAUAGAGCCGAUCGAGCGCUCUCCCAACUCCAACCAUGUUCCCAAGUAUUCUCAUGUCCCAGGCCAAUCCUUCACCUGGCGCGCGGUCUUCGUCGGUCUGGCCGUUGGCCUAGUCAUUUGCUUUUCCAACACCUACUUCGGCCUUCAGACCGGCUGGGUCAGCAUUAUGAGCAUGCCCGCGAGCUUGAUGGGCUUUGGCAUUUUCCAACUGCUCUUCCGUCAUUCACCAUUACCCUUCUCGCCCGUCGAGAACGUGUUGGUGCAGACGGUCGCCGGUAGCAUGGCCAUCAUGCCUUUGGGGUGUGGGUUUGUGGGUGUCUUGCCAGCGAUGAGGUACCUGCUGAGGGAGGACGAGAUGGGCCCGGUAGUGCUGUCGCCGGGGAAGCUGGUGCUUUGGGGAUUGGGACUGUGCUACUUCGGCGUGGUGUUUGCCGUGCCCUUGCGCAAGCAGGUCAUCAUCAGGGAGAAGCUCAAGUUCCCUAGCGGAUUCAGCACUGCUGUGCUGAUUAGCGUGCUGCAUGGCAAGACUGGCGAUCCCGACACACGAGAUGGCAAAUCGGCCUCGUCCGUUGUGGCUGCCGACUUUGCUAGUCUUGCUGCCCCUCCUAGGUCUGAUGAGAAUGAUGAUGAGAGCACCAUCGACGAGGACGUGUCGCCGCUCCAUGCCGAGUCCUGGCGUCGUAAUGUCCAGCUGCUACUGCUCUGCUUCUUCGUCUCGGGCCUGUUCACAUUCGCCACAUACUUCUUCCCUCUACUGCGCAACAUCCCGAUCUUUGGCUCCGUUGCCGCUAGCACUUGGCUUUGGACCCUUAACCCAAGCCUGGCGUACGUAGGUCAGGGCAUCAUCAUGGGGCCAGCCACAACCUUGCACAUGUUGUUGGGUGCCACUGUGGGUUGGGCGGUGCUGUCGCCCCUAGCUAAAGGCCGGGGAUGGGCACCUGGCCGUGUCGAUGACUGGGAAAACGGCAGCAAGGGCUGGAUCGUGUGGACCUCGCUGGCCAUAAUGCUGGCUGAUUCUGUUGUGAGCCUGGCUUACUUGGCCGUAAGAUCAGUGGCUAAGGCUCUACCAAGCGAUAUCAGAGAGGCCGCUCCGCAGCGAAUUAAGAAGCUUCUCGGUUGGCGGUCGCAUGCUGGCUACACAUCUCUGAAUGCUGAUGCUCAGGAUAGCGAUGCGUAUGAGUCCGAGGCAGGGACAGAGGCAGAUGAUGCCCCUCCGGACCAGCAGAUAAGUGACCGCACUGUCGUCGUGGGACUAAUCCUGUCGAUCCUGUUCUGUAUUGCUUGCAUCCAUAUCGUUUUCGGCGACCUGGUGCCGUUGUAUGCCACCGUCACAGCCGUUCUUAUGGCCCUCGUCUUGAGUAUCAUGGGCGUACGAGCGCUCGGAGAGACCGAUUUGAAUCCCGUUUCGGGUAUCAGCAAGUUGGCUCAGUUAUUUUUCGCUCUCAUUGUUCCCCAGUCGAAUAAGUCUUCGGUAUUGAUCAAUCUGGUCGCUGGUGCUGUGUCUGAAGCUGGUGCUCUCCAAGCAGGGGACAUGAUGCAGGAUCUCAAGACGGGUCAUCUCCUUGGGGCUGCUCCGAAUGCUCAGUUCUGGGGGCAAGUCAUUGGUGCCACGGUUGGCGCCAUUGUCAGCGCUUUUAUCUAUGUGCUCUACACAUCAGUGUACGAAGUCCCUGGGGAUCUAUUCCAAGUACCAACGAGCUAUGUCUGGAUAUUCACCGCCCGCUUGGUCACCGGCAAGGGCCUACCGCCCAUGGCUCGGGAGUGGGCCAUCGGCGCCGGUAUCCUGUUCACCAUUACCACGAUCCUGCGUAUCCGGACUGUAAACAAGCCCUGGAGGGUGCUGAUCCCUAGUGGCAUUGCCGUUGCCGUGGGCAUGUACAACGUGCCGUCGUUUACGCUGGCGCGUGCGAUUGGCGGGCUCUUUGGAUGGUGGUGGCGGAGGGUUGCUGGGUGGCAGGAAACUCCACUGAUUGUUUUAGCAUCGGGAUUCAUUCUCGGCGAAGGUUUCUUGAGCAUUGUCAAUUUAUUGAUGCAGAGCGCUCAUGUUCCUCACACAUAG